CUCCAUCCCCUGCAGCAGAAACUGCUCUGCCUGCUUUCUCCCCGUUUCCCCGGGAGCUCGGAUCUCUCCCCGUUUCCCCGGGAGCUCGGAUCUCUCCCCGUUUCCCCGGAGUUCGGAUCUCUCCCCGUUUUCCCCGGAGUUUGGAUCUCUCCCCGUUUUCUCCGGGAACUCGGAUCUCUCCCCCUUUUUCCCAGGGAUCACGCGACACUCAGGAAACCAGGCCUGUGCUUGCAGCACCCAGGGAGCCAGGAGCCAGAGGGAAUGGGCCCUGGGAGCCUCGGACCUCCUCCCCAGGAGAUGGUGACAUUCAAGGAUGUGGCUGUGGACUUCACUAAAGAGGAGUGGGGGCUCUUGGACCCCUCUCAGAAGGAGCUGUACAAGGAGGUCAUGGUGGAGAAUGCCAAGAACCUGCUAUCCCUGGGGCUUCCAGUUCUCAGAGAAGAGGUGACCUCUUAUUUUGAGCAAAGGGAAGCACUGUGGAUGCUGGACCCAGAAGGCCUGAGGAGCUGCUCUCCAGAGAUCAGACUUGGAAUGAAGAAAACUCCUGCAGAACUAAGCCAUUCUGUGUUCAAAUCUCACAAGCAAAGACUCAUGUGUGAUGGUCCCUGUGACUUUACUUGGAGAGAAAUCUGUGAAUUGCAUGAGAGAAUCCAGAUUAGAGAGAGACAUUAUGAAGGUAACCAAUAUGGAAAAGGUUUUAUAAAAAAGGAAAAGCUUAUUUUACACAAGAGAAUCCACACUGCAAGGAAGCCUUAUGAAUGUAACCAAUGUGGGAAAACUUUUUUAAAAAGAGGAAUUCUUACUACACACCAGAGAAUCCACACAGGAGAACAACCUUAUGAAUGUAAUCAAUGUGGCAAGGCUUUUGCAAAUAGAGGAUUUCUUAGUUUACAUCAGAGAAUCCACACCGGAAAGAAACCUUAUAAAUGUAAUCAAUGUGGGAAGGCUUUUGGAGAAAAGGGAACUCUUACUGAACAUCAAAAAAUCCACACUGGAGAGAAACCUUAUCAGUGUGAAGAAUGUGGAAAGACUUUUAGAAGAAAGGGAUUUCUUACUAAACAUCAAAGAAUCCACACUGGAGACAAACCUUAUGAGUGUGAACAUUGUGGAAAGACUUUUUCGUGGAAGGAGAGUUUUAUUAAACAUAAUAGAAUCCAUACUGGAGAAAAACCUUAUGAAUGUAACCAAUGUGGAAAGACUUUUACAUGGAAGGAUACUUUUAUUAAACAUCAUAGAAUCCACACUGGAGAAAAACCUUAUGAAUGUAACCAAUGUGGAAAGACUUUUACAUGGAAGGAUAGUUUUAUUAAACAUCAGAGAAUCCACACUGGAGAGAAACUUUAUGAAUGUAAACAAUGUGGAAAGUGUUUUAUCAAAAAGGGAACUCUUACUGUGCAUCAGAGAAUCCACACUGGAGAGAAACCUUAUGAAUGUAACCAGUGUGGGAAGACUUUCAAACAUAAGAAUAGUCUUCUUACACAUGAGAAAAUCCACACUGGAGAAAAACCAUAUGAAUGUAACCGAUGUGGAAAGACUUUUACAUGGAAGAACAGUUUUAUUAAACAUCAUAGAAUCCACACUGGAGAGAAACAAUAUGAAUGUAACCAGUGUGGAAAGACUUUUACAAAAAGAGUAUCUCUCACCAUACAUCAGAGAAUUUAUAGUGGAGAGAAACCAUGUGAAUGUAACCAGUGUGGAAAGGCUUUUUUAAAUAAGCAAUGCCUUAUUGAGCAUCAGAGAACCCACACUGGAGAGAAACAUUAUGAAUGUAACCAAUGUGGAAAGACUUUUAGGAAAAAGAGUACUUUUAUUGGACAUCAGAGAAUCCAUACUGGAGAGAAACCUUAUAAAUGUAAUCAAUGUGGGAAGGCUUUUAGAGAAAAGCGAAUUCUUACUGGACAUCAAAGAAUCCACACUGGAGAGAAACCUUAUGAGUGUGAACAGUGUGGAAAGACUUUUAGCAACAAGGGAGCUCUUACAGGACAUCAGAGAAUCCACACUGGAGAGAAACCUUAUGAAUGUAACCAAUGUGGAAAGGCUUUUACAUGGAAGGAGAGUUUUAUUAAACAUCAUAGAAUCCACACUGGAAAGAAACCUUAUGAAUGUAACCAGUGUGGGAAGACUUUCAAACAUAAGAAUAGUCUUCUUACACAUGAGAAAAUCCACACUGGAGAGAAACCUUAUGAAUGUAACCAAUGUGGAAAGGCUUUUACAUGGAAGAACAGUUUUAUUAAACAUCAUAGAAUCCACACUGGAAAGAAACCUUAUGAAUACAACCAAUAUGGAAAGGAUUUUAUAUAAAAAUUUCAUUGUUUAUUGCCAGAUCUGUGAAGAAAUGUAAAGGCAUUAAAAUAAGGAGGAAACUGAAUUGGGGAGAGAACCCUGGGAGAAGAUGUAGUAGUGCCGAUGCCUUUCAGUCUUGGCCAGCUCUAGGUUUUUUAUAACCCCAUGGGGAGAGUGAGAAAGGGAAAAUAAAAGAGGACUAGAGGGCGGCCUGAUAACUUCUUAAGCAUAUUGGAUCCUUCUUUGCCACCUGGUUACCUACUUGAAAGGCAGCAUGGUAGAAUGGAAAGAUCACUACAUUUGGAGUCAGGACAUGGGUUGAACUUCUGGUUCUACAACUCUGGCCCUAGGAAAGUAAUUUAAUUUGACUGGAGUUCAGUGCAUUUAGGUUAGGGUUAGGCUCUGUCCCAACCCUAAAUCCUUUAAGAAGCCAAAGAAGUGUUUUAAAAUGAACUCUAUGCCCCAAUGCCAAUUAUUACUGGUUCUCGGCUUCAGAUUAGGGGUAAUGACUCAGAUGACUUCAUUUAGCCUUCUGGGUAUGAUUGGCAGUUUGAAAAAGGCAAUAAGAUAUCAGCAAUUCUAAACCUAGAUCUUUGUUGAUUUAGGAAACUUGAACAUCCUUCCUAAAUGAACAACUCUAUGCAACUAAUGAAAUAGGUUUCUUGCUAUAUUUGUUCAGGCAGAAGAUGUUUUAUUAAGAUGGUUUUAAAAAUGAAAGAUUUCAACUUUGUGUUUCAUCUUAAAUCCUUCAAAUUGACAGUGAUAAUUCCAAAAGCUGGAAAUAGCAUUGGGAGAUGAUGGGUUAUGGAAUUAGAGACAACGUAAUACAAUGUAUGUAGCUAUGCAUUGAUGGUCCAGCUGCUCUGAAAAGUCAUUUAGGAUCAGGAUUUAUUAAAAGGUAACCAAAUGUCAGAUACUUUGUGAUAAAGAGACCCUACAGCAAGGCAUGAACUCUAAGGAAGUAAGGAAAAGAAGGGUGCCAUCUACAAUAAAAUAUUCAUUGCAGUGGAUUUUUUUUUCUGUUUUAGUUUGGUUUUUUGGUUGCAAAUAAAAAAUUGAUGAUUUUUAGUUGGAGAAUGUCUAAACAAAUUAUGAUAAUGAACAUACUGGCAUAUUGUGCCAUGAGAAAAAGUGGAUAGGAAGAAUUCAAAGAAGUAUGGAGAUAUGUAAAUGAAUGGAGAUAGACUGAAUUGAGAAAAAGCAAGAAAAACUAGCUACAUGGUUAUUCCUUCAAGUACUCAGAUAUCCUGAUCAGUGAUCUCUUCAGUUUGAAAUUCUUCCAACAACGUAGAUCCAAGAAUGUCUAUCUGUCCAUCCUGUGUGACUCUUGCCUAUGUUUCACAUGAGUUCAUUACAGAGCAUCUAUCCUAUAUGAUGGAGUCCUUCCUUACUUGCCCCUACCAUCUCAAGAGCACUUGUGGAGUGUUCUAGCUAUCCACUCAUCAGCCCUCUUCCUUACCAUAUGACCAGCUCCUCUUCCCUUCUUGUGCCCUAAUUCUUUAAUGUGAAGAAUGAGCAAUGCCAAUUAUCCCAACAGAGGACACCAAAAAAGUUCACAAAGUGCAUUAGUCAGCAAACAUCUGAUUUCCUUAACAAAUGGAGAGACGCAGCUGCCAGAGAUGGUACCAACUGGACUAUAAAUAAACUUGUGAAAUCUUUUAGCUUUGUAAUCUGUCUGUGCUAACAGUGGAAAAAACAACUUUGGGACCGUACAAUCUGUCAGGUGUUGAUAGGUUGAUACAUUAGGCAGAAAUGGGGGUCGAUCACCAGUUGUCUUGACCUAUAUCUUGCCACUGGGCUCAGAUGAUCCUGAAGGAUGGAGUAAGUCUGAUGACUUUGCCCAGUUUUAUCUCAUUUAAAUUCAAGUCACUUGCCAAUCAAGACAUCAUUUGCUGAUGGCAUCAAUCCUCUUUGAGAAGAAAAAAACAUAAACAAUCUUCAGAUGAAAAAGCUCAUGAGUUCAAAAGUUCAGCAUUCCUCUCAGUUAAAAGCAAAAGUUCAGUUUUCCCAUCAGUCACUUUUAAUUGCAACAAAAUUCUGGCUUAAGUUGAAAAGUGCAUUAUUUUUAUAAAACACUCAAAUUCCAAAGAAAUUGGUCUCUCAGCAGCACUUGCAAAUCAUUUCAUGUCCAGGAUACUUAUUAUUUUCUAUAGGGUUAGCUAUUGUGAUUUUAUUCUAAAACAUCUAUUGUUUUCUGUACUAACCAAGAUGGUUCCAUUUCUGGUUGUCUCUAGGUAUUUUUGUACAAUCAGAGGAAAUUUGCUAUCAGUUAUUUCUGCAGGAUCCAAGUGGAAAGUAUCAAUGUUUUCAAACUGAAAAGAGAGGUUGUUACCAAUUCACAUUUCACACUUUCAACAAAUCAAAUUGUCCCUGUCUCCAUGAUAGUGGUAGUUCUUUACCUAUUAAGAUUGUUUUCCCUACCUACCAAUUCCUGUUUUUUGUUCUAUGUUUAAAAUGGGGAACAGGGGAACCUUUCAUCCUUCAGGUCUUUAGCUACAUUGAGAAUCCAUUGUUCCUCUUCACUAUUAAAGUUGUGCUUACUUAAUAAACUGCUAAUGCUCA